AUGACCAAAGUGAUGCGGCAUGGCGGCUACCGGUCCAAAGCUCUUUCGGCACGACAAGAUCUAAAAGUUUUAUCCUAUAUAAACUGGGGCAGGGUACUCCACUCUCGUCAACUCGCCGCUGACUGCCCCCGCACUGCACACUCGACCCGCACCAACCCUUAUAUUGGGCUUUUAAUUUCAGACAUGCAUACCAUCGCUCGUGCCUCAUCCUUUGCAUCUCUUCCCUCGGGAUCUAAUAGCGCAUUGACAUACCCUUAUCAUCAUCAACCACCACCAUUUGGACGCUCGAAUCAUUCUCAGAGUGCGCCAUCCACGCCAUCGGAGCAGUUCCCACCACCCGUCAUGCCCAAUUUCGGUCCAUCUAUCGAGGUAGCAACCGCUCAACCCACUACUCAGCCGAGCCCACCUAGUACUCCGGCUCGCGGUUGUCUCAAGGCGCCAAGCAAAGAAUUUACUACCAAAUCCGAGCCUGAAGUCCAAAUCAUUUCUCCAACUUCUGGGCGGCAUGCGCCGGGAAUUCACGCUGGUGCUGGUGACGGCAGCACCCGACGACGUCCCAAUAUGAAGUUGGAAAGACUCCCGAGCAGCGCAAUCGCCCGAAUCCAGUUGGCUGAAGGUGUGGAGCCGCAUGCGCACGGCGGGAAAAACGCCACCAAUUCUGGAGGGAAAGGGAAAUGCAAGGAGCGAGUUCCUACGCCGUACGUAAAGUCGGACAAGACGGGAUGGUUAUCAGACGGUGAAGAGUAG